CUCCAAAAACAAACGGCGUGGUUUGCUGCUACAUGAGCAAGGUAUGUUACCGUGUAGCAGAGGCCCUUCAGCUGCAAAAAUGCAGCACCACCACCUCACUACGAGAGGCGCGUCAACUCCACGCCCUCAUAUUAACUACUGCUGCCACCACCUUCCGCUCGCCAUCUCCGUUUGUGUACAACAACAUCAUCUCCAUGUAUGCACGCUGCGGUUCACUCAGGGACUCACACCUCCUGUUCGACAAAAUGCCUCAAAGAACUCUUGUUUCUUACAAUGCUCUUAUUGCAGCCUUUUCUCGAGUAUCAGACCAUGCCAUUUCCGCCUUCAAAUUGUAUACCCAUAUGGAAACUAAUGGUCUUAGGCCUUCCAGCUUGACUUUUACUAGCUUGCUUCAAGCAUCUGCCUUGCAUCAAGAUUGGUUGAUUGGAUCAUUGCUUCAUGCCAAGGGCUUUAAGUUUGGAUUUUUGAAUGAUGUUCGUGUCCAAACUUCGUUGCUUAAUAUGUACUCAAAUUGCCGGGAUUUGAGUUCAGCUGAAUUGGUUUUCUGGGAUAUGGUGGAUAGAGAUAGUGUUGCUUGGAAUUCUUUGAUUAUAGGAUAUCUGAAGAAUGAUAAGAUCAAGGAAGGUGUUCAUCUCUUUAUUUCAAUGGUGCAGGCUGGUUUCACCCCAACCCAGUUCACUUAUUCGAUGGUCUUGAAUGCCUGUAGUCGUCUGAAAGAUUAUCAUUCUGGGAGAUUGGUCCAUUCCCAUGUAAUUGUUAGGAAUGUGUCUCCCGAUUUAUAUCUGCAAAAUGCUCUGAUUGAUAUGUACUGCAAUGCUGGCAAUGCAGAAGCAGCGAAUAGGAUUUUUUGUAGAAUGGAAAACCCGGAUUUAGUUUCUUGGAAUUCAAUGAUUGCUGGGUAUUCUAACAUUGAGGAUGGAGAGAAGGCCAUGAAUCUGUUUGUCCAGUUGCUGGAAUUGUGCUUUCCUAAACCAGAUGACUAUACAUAUGCUGGCAUUAUAUCUGCAACUGGUGCAUUACCAUCUUCCAUUUAUGGAAAACCUCUUCAUGCUCAGGUUACUAAAGCAGGAUAUGAGAGAUGUGUAUUUGUAGGAAGUACUCUAGUGUCUAUGUAUUUCAAAAAUCUUGAAACUGAAGCUGCUCAGGGGGUAUUUUGUUCAAUCUCUGAGAAGGAUGUUGUUCUCUGGACUGAAAUGAUCACUGGUUAUUCUAAAAUGGCUGAUGGAAUGAGUGCAAUUAGAUGCUUUUCUGAAAUGUUUCAUGAAGCCCAUGAGGUCGAUGACUAUAUUCUGAGUGGAGUUUUGAGUGUAUGUGCUGAUCAUGCAAUUUUAAGACAAGGUGAAAUAAUCCAUUGCUAUGCAGUUAAACGGGGUUGUGAUGUUGAAAUGUAUGUUUCUGGGAGUCUUAUUGAUAUGUACGCCAAAAGCGGUAGCCUCGAUGCAGCAUAUCUGGUAUUUUCUCAAGUCCCUGACCCUGAUUUGAAGUGUUGGAACUCGAUGCUGGGAGGAUAUAGCCACCAUGGAAGGGUAGAGGCGGCAUUGACCCUUUUUGAGGAGAUUCUUGAACAAGGUCUGAUCCCGGAUCAAGUGACAUUCUUGUCUCUAUUGUCUGCUUGCAGCAACAGAAGGUUGGUUGAGCAAGGGAAGUUCUUCUGGAAUUAUAUGAACAGCAUGGGUUUGGUUCCUGGGCCUAAGCACUACUCUUGCAUGGUAACUUUGUUGAGCCGUGCAGCAUUACUAGAAGAGGCGGCAGACAUUAUCAAAGAGUCACCUUAUAUUGAAGAUAAUCUGGAACUGUGGAGAACUUUGCUAAGUGCCUGUGUUAUAAAUAAGAAUUUGAAAGUGGGAGUUCAUGCAGCUGAGGAAGUUUUGAGAGUGGAUGCACAAGAUGGACCGACGCUUGUUUUGCUUUCUAAUCUUUAUGCUUCUGCAGGGAGAUGGGUUGAAGUUGCAGAAAUAAGAAGAAAUAUGAAGGGAUUGAGACUAGAGAAAGAUCCAGGGUUAAGUUGGAUUGAGGCCAAGAAUGACAUUCAUGUGUUCACUUCCGGAGAUCAAUCCCACCCUAGGGUUGAUGAGGUGCAGGAUGAACUGAAUAGCCUAAAAAGAAAUAUGAUUAAGAUAGAUGCUGAUGACAGUGAGCCACAAAAGACAUGCUACGUAGAUUGCAGAGGCUAAGUUUAUGCCAUAGAUGUUGAAUUUAAUUCAAAAUCGAAUGAUGUAUAUACACGGGACUAAAAAAUUGAUAAAACUUAGGUCAAGUUCCUUAACCUCCAUUUCAUCAAGUUUAUGUGUAAUUUUUCUAAUUUUGACAAUAAAUUCUUUAUAAAUGACAUUUAUUUUUAGAAAUAGUUGUACAUGUGUCAUCACAUAAUUGGUAAACUUGAUAAAAUGGAUUUAAGAAACUUGAUCUAAGUUUCUCCCCUGAAAAAAAAAAAGAGGAGACUCAACCUCGAACCACGUUGAGUUCAAUGCUACAAAAUAAUGCCUAUCCAUUUGUGCAUUGAGAUCUAUAAAAACACAUUUC